AUGCCCCGUAGCGGUCUAAGUGUAGAGAUCGACGAGCGCUCCCCGCUCAUUCGAGCCGUCAACACGGCGCGCAACAGCGACAUCGAAGGGCGGCCGCUAGUGGAGGAAGAGGAGGACGAGUCUUCUUCCCCGGGAUCCGAGCGCGAAGAGCGAUACCUCAACGGUAAUGGACCACCCUCCGAAAUCAUCGGUCUUGAUGACUCGACGUUGGAGAGCAAAAGCGCCUUGUACCUGAUCCUGCUCACCCUGUCUAUUGGCGGACUUCAGAUUGUCUGGUCAGUUGAACUUUCCAAUGGAUCGCCUUAUUUGCUGUCGCUCGGAAUGAGCAAGGCUCUUCUUGCCUUCGUCUGGCUUGCAGGGCCUUUGACCGGCACUCUUGUGCAGCCGUACGUCGGGAUCCGGAGUGACCGGUGUCGCGUGUCGUGGGGAAAGCGGAAACCAUUCAUGAUCGCUGGCACUUUGGGAACGGUCGCAUCGUCCAUGAUUCUCGCGUAUGCACGAGAUAUCAUCCGAGUGAUUGGCCGUCUCGGGGUCGAUGCGCCGUAUGGUGGCGGUUACCAGACGGCGACCAUCAUCCUGGCCACCAUCAUGAUGUGGUGUCUAGAUUUCUCCAUCAACACAGUCCAAGCGUCAAUCCGCGCGUUCAUCGUCGAUAAUGCGCCAUCUCAUCAACAAGAAUCGGCGAAUGCGUGGGCGUCUCGGAUGACGGGGGUUGGAAAUGUCCUCGGCUAUGUAUUUGGAUAUCUCAACCUCCCUCGAUACUUCUAUUUCUUUGGAAACACGCAAUUCAAGGUACUCGUUGUCAUUGCAUCGAUUGCACUGAGCACGACAGUGCUCAUCAGUAUACUCACGAUCAAAGAACGAAACCCGCAACUGGAACCACCUUCUAGAGCGGAUGAUGGUGGCGGGUUGGUGGCGUUCUUCAAGCAGGUCUUUGUCUCCAUCAAACGACUACCCCCCGAGAUUCGGCAGGUUUGCGAAAUCCAAUUCUUCCACUGGAUCGGCUGGUUCCCCUUCCUCUUCUACAUCACCACCUACAUCGGUCAACUGUAUGUUGAUCCGUACCUCACCCCAGGUCUCUCGGACGACGAGGUGGAAAAGCUUUGGGGCAAGGCCACCCGCAUCGGGACCUUUGCACUUCUAAUAUAUGCGAUCAUCUCAUUCAGCUGCAACAUCAUUUUGCCUUUCCUGGUUGUGCCGACCUGCCGAGCGCAGCCUGUGGAAGAAGUGGAGGAUUUCGACCGUCCCAUCACGCCUCCUUCUCGACCCGACAUGAGACCCCGGAGCUAUUCAUGGGGCCAGCAUGCCUACAGUGGAUCGCAGAGCACGCUUACCUUUCCGCCCUCGCCUGAAGAAUCUCGAGUGCGCCGGGCUAUGGGCCAAGAACAUCCGACGUCCACUGAGAAAUGUAUGACCCGGCUCCAAAUCCCCGGAUUCACACUUCGACGGGCAUGGUUGAUGUCCCAACUGUUGUUUUCGUUCUGUACCUUUAGCACCUUUUUCAUCACCACCCCUCUGGCGGCGACUAUCAUGACGGCCCUGGUCGGCAUAUCCUGGUCGCUGACCCUCUGGGCUCCUUUUGCUUUGAUCUCCGCCGAGAUCUCCCAGCGCGACGAAACCCGACGCAAGAAACAGAGACAGCGUCUCAUCAACGGGGACGGAGACCUGGGCGAAGACGACAUGAAAUAUGAGGAAGAAGAUCAAGCGGGUGUCAUUCUGGGACUACACAAUGUUGCCAUUAGUGCGCCCCAGAUUCUGGCGACCUUGAUCAGCAGCGUCGUGUUCAAGUUGCUCCAGAAGCCGAGGAACGAACCCGGGGAUGUCAGUGUCGGCUGGACAUUGAGGAUUGGCGGAGCGGCCACCCUGAUAGCGGCGUUCAUCACCUGGCGGAUGAAGGAACCCGGUGACGAGCGCGAUGUGGAAUGA